AUGGAAAUAAACAUAUUUCUAAUUGUCAGCUGUCUAUCAGGAUUAAUACUCUCAACUGAUAUCACAUGGAUUUCUUCCUUGAAAAUCUGGGCAAUUUUAGGUCAACGAGUGUCGACUGAGGAUGAUGUUGUAAGGAAUAAUACUUGGCUGGGAAAAGCCAAAUAUAAACUGACAUGGGGUGUCGUAAUUUUGCAAAUUCUAAGAAUAGAGGAAAAUGAAAAAUGUUCAGACUGUGGUACCUCAGGAAAACUCUGUCAGUUUUGUAUGAGUCCUGUCCAACUAAAUGAGAGUAGUUCAUCCUUUGAGGAAUUAAGGACUAAACUUGCACCGGGACAAAAGUAUACAAUGGGAGACAGCUGGUCAGGAAUAGUGAAAAAUAGCAAGUUAAGUGUCAUUAUUUACCUUGGGGAAAAUGAUAACGAAGGUACUACUAUGUCCGUUGCAUUCUCUCAUGAGAUCAUAGGAGAUGCAAACAGUACACUCAUACUGAACUAA